UUGAUGCGCCGCCCUGGCUGCCAGAAGCCAGGAACAGUCAGGAACAGCUCGAGCAGGCAUCUGUCUGUUAGUCCGACAGGAAUGGGUGACAUGAAGACGCCAGAUUUUGAUGACCUUUUGGCAGCAUUUGAUAUUCCUGAUAUUGAUGCUAAGGAGGCAAUUCAGUCAGAGUCUGGAGAUCCUGAUGCAAAUCACAGCGAAUCUGGUGGCAGUGGGAACAAAGAGCGAAGAGGUGGUCCAGACCAAAGGCCCAUAGGACCGCCAGAAAUACGUGAAACGUCUCACGACCCUUCUGUAGUUAGUGUUAUUGUGAAGAACAACAUAUGCGUGGAUGCAUAUGAAAACACAAGAGAUGAUCAUGAAGAAGAUGAUGACACAGCGGGGCAAGUGAGUGAUAAUGUUCUGGAUGAAGCUGACAGAGCUAGGGCUGGGGGCCAGUUGUCUCCUCAGGUUGCACACAGCCUAAUGCCGAUGGCCCCGCUUAUUCACAACGGAUUCAAGGCUGUUUCUGGAGGAGUUGUGGAACACUCUAUGCUCUCCAGUCAAUCACAAAUGCAACCAAAAAGUCAUCUCUGGUCCCCUUGUUCCCCUAAAAUAGCCAGUGAAGGUGAUGAGAGCAACCAGGAUAACGGUCCUUCCAACUCCUCUGCCAAUUUUUCACCUCACAUGCCUUUACCUGCUUCUGGUUCUUCCAUCUCUUGCACAAAUUUCAUCAGCCUGCCCCCUUCCAAAGUUGAUGAUGAUGAAGUAGGGAAUUCUGGAUCUGCUUUCACGCCUCCAACUCAGCCUGUAAACAGUGGCACGAGGACCGAAAUUAAUCAAGCGUUAUCUGAAGAUGAAGAAUCUGAGCCAGAUCUUGGAAGCUCUCCCCUCAUAAUUCAAGAGAGUCCAGAUGUACAGAUGACAUCACCUCUAAGGUUUCCAGGCAGACAUACUGCUUCUCCUUCCUCACCAUCUUUGUCUAGAAGUAACAAUCAAAACGAGGAGACGUCUUCUGCUUCUCCAAUCCCAACUCCCUUGGCGUCCCAUCAGACACCCUCAAAGAGUGAGGACACCCCCGAAAAGACACGCCCAUCCAUACCAGAGGUAUACCCAGAACACAUUAUUGAGGAAAGAGACUCCCCUGAGAGCCCUGAACCAGAAAUGCCAGCACGUCCGCAGUGGAAAAGUUUCUCAUCAAGCCCUGCACAGGAGCUAGAAGAAAAACAACCUGUGCAAGACAAAACUUUGGAGGUUCCUGAAAAGGAAGAGCCUAUGGAGAGUGCGAGGAAUGGACAGGAGCAGAGUAAAUCCAACAGUGACAAAGUUGAGAAAGAAAACAUGGUAGAACAAGAACAAGAGGGACCCCCAGUCCUAGUCUCAGUACCACCUGUUAAGAACAGAUCGGGCUCAUCGGCAGUACCUUCCAGACCUCUUAAAGUCCGAAUCAAGACAGUUAAAACACCCACAGGCAACAUCACGCGCACUGUUACCAGAGUAGCUGCUAAAGGGGCGGCACAAGCCAUGUUCAAGAGUGCUGAUGGGUCUAAAGUUUCAGCAGGAGGUCAUAAGGGGGUCAGCAGGCCUAAGAGACCUGCAUCAGCAAUGUCUGGCCAGCCUAGCGACUCAAAGGCAACAUUGCUUCCAGUGUCGACCUUGCAGGAUGCCAGCUCAGCCAUGCUGUUUGCAGCCAGCAAGGCACAGAAAGUGGCCUCUGGUGUCACAAAGACAUCAACUUCACCCUCUGUUUCAUCUUUGUCCCCAUCCGCUUCUACCAUCAAUAUUUGCUCGAUUGGCCAGAAAACGGUUGCUGUAUCUUCCACUAAGCCAGCAACCAUCGUAAACAGUCCCGGCGCUGUGAUCUCCCGCAGCCAGUCAAGUUUGGUGGAGGCAUUCAACAAGAUUCUCAACAGUAAGAACCCGCUACCCAGCUACCAGCCGGACCUCACCGUCUUGCCACGUCCCGAGUGGGGCCUUGGCGUGCCUGCUUCAGGUUACCGCUGCCUGGAAUGUGGAGAUGCUUUUGCUUUGGAGCGCAGCCUGGCGCGUCACUAUGACCGGCGUUCCCUGCGCAUCGAGGUGACCUGUAACCUGUGUACGAAGCGUCUGGCCUUCUUUAACAAGUGCAGCCUGCUGUUGCAUGCUCGUGAGCACAAGGAGAAGGGGCUGGUCAUGCAGUGCUCACACCUUGUCAUGAGACCUGUCAGUGUGGAACAGAUGAUUGGUCAACAGGAUACUGUACCCAUAGGUAUGCUUUCUCCAUCUCUGCUGGCCUCCUCUUCCUUGACCGGGUCCAGUGAUCACUGGUGCCCAGAGUGUAAGAAUUCAUUUGGCUCAAAAGAAAAACUAGCCACACACUUUCAGGAAUCGGAUCCGGGAGGAAUAGACACAUGCUGUAUGCAGUGCUCUCCUCCAAUGCCUCUGUGGAAUGCCUGUGGUGCUGCUGCCCACCAGCGACUCCACCAGAAGCUCCACCCACUUGUCUGUCCCGAGUGUGGACUCGUCUGCCAGCCAAACGGUCUUAACACGCAUGUGUCCCGAGCCUGCCUACAUUACACACGCCAGCUGGGAUACAGGUGUCCAUGUUGUCAGCUGGUGUUUGGGGGUGUGAAUAGCCUGAAUGCAGUCAAGAAUCACAUGCACACAGCUCAUUCUGAAGUCUUUCAUAAAUGUCCCUCGUGCCCCAUGGCCUUCAAAUCUGCCUCUAGUGUUGACACUCACUGCAGCACCCAGCACCCUCAGCUCUCCGAGAAAGCCAAGCAGUCCAAGGAGAUAUAUAAAUGUGUGAUGUGCCGGACUGUUUUUACCCAGAAAGCCCUGCUCAACGUUCAUUUUGACACUCAUCUUCUGACACAGAAGGUUAAUGUGUUUAAAUGUCCAGACUGCCAGAAGCUGUUUACACAGAGGAUGUCCCUUGUGGAACAUAUAAAGGCUUCACACAGGAAGUCAGCAGCACAUCUGACUCAGAAGACCUCUGCGAAGAUGGAGAGCUCCGACGGGGAGGAGUGGAGAAAAGAGGAAGACGAGGACAGAGGAGGAUAUCCGAGAGUGAAAGAAAGGUCCUCCGCUCCUGACUUCCAGACCUGGAGCUGCUCCGAGUGUCAGAUGAGCUACACAGAUAAAGAGAGCUACAUCACCCACAUGGCCAAACAGCACCAAAAGGAGCUAAAGCGGUUCCCUUGCACGCUGUGUGAAGGCUCCUUCUCUUCCUCCUCAAGUCUGAGACGCCACAUCCGGGUCAAACACAAGGGCAUCAAGAGGUCUUUGUACUGCCAGUUGUGCACUGGGAGCAAAAAGAGUUUUAGCAGUAAGCUUGUCCUAGAAAAACAUAUGCAAAUUCAUCACGGAGGACAAAGAGCAACGAAAAGUCAGAGACAGGUGACAUCACGCUUCACUGACGCUGCUGAUAGCUCAUCGGAACAAGACGGAACCGCUGCGACUGCAGAAGAAAACAAUAACAUGGAUCAUUUCAGCUUGCCUCGAAUCGUCAGAGGAGGAUCCGCUCAGGAGCAGGACCCGGAGGCUCUGCGCUGCAUGCCAUGCGGCUUCGUCUCCGAAGACAAAGAGGAGUUUCUGCGCCAUAUCCAGAGUCACCGUGGCGAAGGGGGCAAGGGUGUGCAGUGUCUGCAGUGCGGGGCGUGCUUUGCAUCGGCUUCCUCCCUCGCCCGCCACCGCUUCAUCAGUCACCGGGUAAGAGACGGAGACGGCGACGAGCAGCGUGAGAACACAAGUCACGACGCCGCAGAAGGCGCGGAGUCACCGACUCUGACAGAAGAAGGGGAAGGCAAGCUCUUCUGCAAAGUGUGCGGACGGCACUUCAGCAAAGCCGCUGACCUUAACACACAUUUCCGCACUCACGGCAUGGCUUUCAUCAACGCCUACAAAGCCGAGAAGCCGGCCUGAUAAAGAAAGAAAUAAAAAAAAGUAAUAAAUGAAGCUGAUUAAUGCUGAAUGAAGCCCCAGUUCGAAAUGUGAAGUCCUGCUGUGUUUAAACUGUACAUUCGUCUUAUGUGCCUUAAUCACACUGCGUCCACGUAGACGGUAACAAUGUGGAGUGCAAACGUAUUAAACCCUCCUCGAACCUUGUCAGAGUUUGUAGUGUUACAAUCUAAAAAUAAAUUUGGGUUGUGUUCUGAAUGUGAGAAUACGUAGAAAAAGAUUCUCUAGUUUGAUAAGAGCAUCAGUUAUUAAUGUUUUUUUUUUUUUUGCCCUAAAACAAACUGCUGAUUUUGGUGGAAAAGGUUGACAUGAGAACCCCAAACCAAAAGUGAAACAUCUUGUUGAGAGAUUCCUAACAUCUUGUUUGCUUUUCUUACUGAAACCCUCUUCACCCAGUCACUCACAUUCCUUCCUUUUUAAUACUGCAUUUAUCUAAUGCACAAACACGGGUCCAAAAAUCUGUUUAUGCAUUUUUUUUUUGCACCUUUUGCCUAAUUUAUUACAGCAGGUUUUUUGGCUAUAAAUCAUAUUGACAACAGAAUAUUAAAAUCUAAAAUAUCAAGCCACAGGCAGAUAGCAGCUUCCUCCUCCGAGUGUGUUAACACUGUAACAACGUGCACUCAAGCUGGAAGCACUCAUUUCUGUCUGUCUUAAAACCCACAAAACCUUAUGAUCCAUUUUAGAUCAAAACCUUUGUCGACAAUUUCAAAUUUUUUUUUUUUAUGUGGUCAGAGUUUUGGACCCACUGUAUACAGUCGCAUAUGAAAGAACUGGAACGGCAAGGCUGAUCCUUUUUUUCCAUGUGCACACUUUUCUUUGAACCUACGCAUGGGGGGAGGGGAGGGAAGAGUACUGUGCAAAAGUCUUCAACCUUUUUUUUUUUUUUUUUUUUUGUACAAACUUUGUUAUACAUGUUUAUUUUAUGAUCUCAUUGUAAAGUCAAUAAAAAAAAAUCUUACAAAAUUACAGGCCAGGAAAGAAAGCUGCAUAUUAUUUGAAGACCACUUUUCAGACAAAAAAAAAGAAUAAAAAGCAUCUGGGUUUUGCUGCAUGUAAAAAGAAGCAGGUGACCAAGUCAUCAGAAGGACUGUGCCUGGUUCUGCAGGAUGUUCAGUAAGAUUGAGCAGCUCAUUUGCUAAAUAAUAAUAAAAAAAAGGGGUCAGGGGUAUAAGGCAUUGGCCUGCGGUCUGGAAGAUACCAGGUUCAAACCCCACCACCACCAAGUUGCCCCUGUUGGGCUCCUAAGCAAGUCCCUUAGUCCUCAACUGCUCAGAUGUAUAAUGAGAGAAAAGUUGCUUUGGAUAAGGGCAUCUAGCAAAUGCUUAAAUGUAAAAAAAAAAACGAGACUAUAUUUUAAGCAAACGGUCUUCACAAAGAAAAAAAAAUCAACUUUGUUUCAUUAAUUACUGUUUAAUUCUUUGUGUAGUCUGUUGUUUUUUCCUUUUCUUUUUUAUGGAACUUGUUUGAACUUCUUUUGGAGACCCUUACUCUAUAGCAGUUAUUCUGUAUAAGACUUUUGCCCAGUACUGUCUUAGGGUUAAUACUAUUUCCGACUGUGUUUUGAUCUCUGAAGCUCAUUGGUGUCCUGAUGCUGUUUGUCAGGAGUCGUCCAGGCAAAGCAGAUUGUUAUUAAGCUGUAUGUAUGUUGUGAAUUCGCACGCAGGUGGACUCCAUUUGGUUAACUACAAUAUAUUACGUGGUGUAGGUGAUUAUACAGUCUUUUUUUUUUUUUCCGCAAACUAUACUUCAGUAUUGUGGGUUGUUAAGUAAAUUUGUUACACGUCCCCUAGUAGGGUUGUCCUGAUGCCGUAUCAGGUAUCGGUCAGAUACCACACUCACCUCCUCGUAUUUGUGAAUUUGUUCCGAUACCACCGCAUCGCUCCCUGUGCAGACCCUUCUUGUUUGUUUCAAAGCAGUCAAUGUUCAAUCAGUGUUGACUUUGAUGAGAGACAGACAGCAACAAUAAAAUCCCCCCAUGAGAGUGAAUUGCAGGAACAGCAGUCAGGUCAGCCUGUGUUUAGUAUCAGCAAGCAAAAGUAAGGUUAAUGUUUGUCUGCUAACUUUGUAUGCAGGGCAUCUCUUUAGUCUCUCCUUAGUCUGUCUUGCUAACCAAGCAGCACAUCUCUUGGUCUUUCAGUUUCUUGUUUGCUUUCAGACCUGUGCUUAUUUGCAUGUGUGCAUGCGCUCAUACCCGCACGUGAAUGAGUUAAAAAGCUUCUACCAAAGCUGGCACUUUCUAAAAUAUUUAACCCAUUACUGACUGAGGUGGCAAAUCGAUGUCUUUAUUCCUUAUAGACAGGUGGAGAUUUCUUUCUUUAAUUGGAAAAUAUUUCUUUUUAAGACUUCAGCAAUAACGUUGCACCAGUGUUAUUGUUUCUUCCUCAAUGUUUAACAGCAGUUGGAAUCCAGAAAGUUGCAUUACCACCAACUGUAGGUCUCACUCUCCCUCAUAUUCUCAGAAAGCCUAUGUUCCGGUCCAGCCUUCCCAAAAAAACAAACAAACAAACAAAAAAAUCUGUUUAUUGCUUCCUUCCUUCCUUGAUUAUGUCUGAUCUUGCUCGGUGUCUUGAACUCUUUGUCUACUUUGCUGUUAUGUUUGAGUGGUUGCCAUGGUAAUGAAGAAUCCCAAAGACCCCAUAAGUGGUGCGCAGAUGAUGUCGUUCCUGCCCAAUGAAAUGUCUUCUCUGUUAAUUAGAAUGGUCAGAUGUAUCAAAGUAUAUGACUUUUCCAGUAAGCACAAUUUCAUGUAAUAAAAGAUUAUUUUCCCUUGCUCUAAAAGUCAGUUGAUUAAGUGUGUAAGGAAGCACAUGAGAGAGGAUUUUACUCCACAGUCACUCAACAUGUAGAACAGUAUAAAUGUUCACGCCUUAGUAAAGCAAUAGCAGGUGUAUUUAAUGAUGUGCUUCAGACCAAAACCGGCAAGUACCGCAACAGAAGUACUUCUACUCGUACUCAAUCUGAUAAAAAGUGGUACUUGGUCAUCCCUAUCCCCUAGUAGGUUCAUUUCAGUUCAGAUUGUAACACUACACAAACUAGAAGAGGGCUGAAUACCUAUGCAAGGCACUGUUACUGUAUGUAAGUUUACAACAGAGAAUUUUAAUUGAUUUGUUUGAUGGAGGACUUUUUUUUUUUUUUUAUAUAUAUAUAUAUAUAUAUAUAUAUAUUAAAGUGGAUUCAGGCUGCAUGGCAAAUCAGACCUCCGAUUUCACAGAGCCAGAUUCAGGCUCGUUUUCUGUGCAGGUUUUAGACGGAACUAAACUCGGCUCUCUGAUCUUUCAGUCUUUUAGCACCGAGCCCUGCGCACUCACCUGAGCCUUAGCUGUUAAUAUUUCAGAUGCCUUGUUCCCUAUAAAAUACACAAUGUCUCUUCAAAUGCUAUUAUACCGAAACAUUAUGUGUAAUAAGAGUUUAAAUCACGGUUUGUUAUCUUAAUGAAUCAUACCAUUUAUUCCUGAUUUAGUUUAGUUGUCAUUAAGUCAAUCUAGAGGGUUGAUACUAUAUACUGUAUAAUCAUCCUAGAAGACUUUAUUAUGAGCGUUUAAAAUGGUUGCCUUUUUGUCUUGCCAAGACAAUUCUAAUAGAUUUUACUAAUGUGCAUUGACUAAGGUUAUAUGUGGAAGCCAUAGAAUAAUUACUCUGGGAUCCAGUGCUGCCUGAAUCAAGAAGCAGCUUUUAAAUGCAGGUGUGCACAUGCGCGUGUGUGUGUGUGUAUGUGUGUGUAUGAUAGAGAGAGCGAAAGCGUUCCAAGACUGAAGAAUGUAAGUUUCAGUUUAUAGGGUUUGGGCUAUACCAAAUAUUCCCUCCCUGAUGCUCUUAUUGUGUUAACACCAUUAACUAAGCUGUUAUAAAGGAUAAUUCAGGAAAGAUUGUAGACUGUAAACAGAAAAUUUAAUACAACAAUCCGCGUUUAUCAAGCUGGAUGCGAUGAGAUUUAUUUGUUAAAUAUUUUCGGAUCAAAAGAAAUUUGGUACUCGUGAAAAACCUGUAAUUAAAAAAAAACAAAAAAACAUUUUUGUCCAAUGUAUAAAGUUGAACAUAAGACCAUAAGACGACCAACUAAGGUAAGCCUAACUUCAAUUGUAUUGAUUGAGUUGAAGGUCAGGGGCUAUGCAUAUACAGUACAGGACAAUCGAGAACAUUUCAUGGAACUUAUUAUUCAGAUAUUUUUGAUGAUAGAAUAUGUCCAAUAAAUGAAGUGAGCCAACAUGAUCCUAUGAAUUAAGACUAAUGUAACCGUUUAUGUAACCAUUGUAAUCCAAAUGUCAAAAUGGUUUUCUUUACGCCAUUCCUGUGUUUCCAGAGUGUUGUGGGUGUCACUAAUCGCGAAUGAGCUGGGAGUGUUGGGAGGCGCGUUGCACUUUACAAGUGAUCGACUUGGCUAUUAAAGUACAAAGAAAAUCAUAAUUUCUGAAACUUUUGUAAAUCUGGUAAAAACAAAAUGUUUGCUUUGCCCGCAUAUAAGGAUACACUGCUAAAAAAACAAAAAAACAAACUAGGCCUGAUGUUAACUUUCUUCUACUAUAACAUGGAUCAGCUCAAAAGGAUCCUGAAGUUUUAGCAGAGGAAACUGUUUGUUAUAUAUUUACAUGUAAUUACAUUUAAUAUUCCCAAACCAUCAUGUUUGAGGACUUAUUGGAAUCAUUGUAAUAAGGUUCAUUCCUUAGUUUGUUGGCAAUUGUAAAUAAAAAUCCACAAUUACUUGUG